AUGAAGGUGCAGAAGCAAAAAUGCUCUGGCGUCAUAACUGUUCAGCCCCGGGGACAGUUCAUCUGUUCUAAGAGGGUAAAAGGAGUCCAUUGUGGUCGAAAAUUCAGCAAAUUAGAGCAUCUAAAGCGUCACCAGGAGACACACGACCAGGAACGCACAUUCACUUGUGAUAUCAUGCUAAGAACCUCUGAUAUUGGCCGCCAUCGAAAAGAAGGACCAUGUCGUCAGACUUUCUUGCGACACGACAAUUAUCUAGCACAUUUCCGCACCCAUCUCGUUCAAGAUACACGGGGACUGUUCUUCCCCCGACUGAACAAUACAGAGCUCUACGCAGACCUGAUAGCCCUGAUGCCGGUGUUAAGGUCUGGGGUUGACACGGGAAACAUGCACAGGUACCACCGAAACACGCGAGUGUCAUGGGAGAAUCUAGUGGAGCGUGUCAGAGAAGCAAAGGGUGCCCUAGUGGCUGAUCAGAUACUUGCUACCAUCUUGCGAGCUUGCUUGAGACAUGAUGCGCGUGUAGCGCAGUAG